CUUUAACGGUUUGCUAACGAUUUGCUGCAACGGUUGGCAGAGAAGGAAGUCAAGGUCGAGCAUUACCGACAAGUGGCAGGUGCCAAGUGAAUGAUACAGCUGGUGCGCACAUCAAGAAUUGGAAGCGGUCCUCGAGGAACUCUUCCCAGAGGCAGAAGAAAUGUAUUCGGCGGUGAAGCCCUUGUCAAAAUAUCUGCAAUUCAAAUCGAUUCGCAUCUACGAUGCCGUCUUCACAAUUCACUCCAAGUGCACGUUUGUCAUGUUAAUAACCUGCUCGCUGCUGCUGUCGGCGCGUCAGUACUUCGGUGAUCCCAUUCAGUGUCUCAGCGAUGAGAAAAACAUCGAGUACGUGCGCUCCUACUGCUGGACCAUGGGCACCUACAUCCUCAAGCUGCCAAAUGCAACAGGCAGCCAUGGACAACCGAAGGUGCGUCCCAGCAAUGCGAGCGCCCAGUGGCGUGCAAAGCAUCCCAAAUCUCGCUCCGACUUGCGCUCCUUGGUGGACCAGGACGAGGCGUAUGCCAGGGCCGCUUUCAUAGCCGAGGGUGUGGGCCCCGAGCUGCCUGGCGUGUCGGAGCGCGAGUAUCUCCGCUACUAUCAGUGGGUCAUCCUGCUGCUGCUCGUCCAGUCGCUAAUCUUCAUCUUUCCCUCACGCCUGUGGAAGGUGUGGGAGGGACAGCGACUGAAGCAACUCUGCUCCCAGGUGGGCGAGGCCCUGCUCUCCGAUGAGACUUACAACACCAGACGACGGGUAUUGGUCAAGUAUUUUUCCACCGACCACGAGGAUCUGCACUUUUGCUACAUGGCCAAGUAUGUCUUCUGCGAGCUGCUCAACUGUGUGAUCAGUGUUGUGAACAUCAUUUUUCUGGACGUGUUUCUCAAUGGCUUUUGGGCGAAGUAUUUGCAGGCCCUGGCCGCUGUACCCUUUUACGACUGGGACCACUGGAAUCGCGUGUCAUCGAAAGUUUUCCCCAAAAUCUCGAAAUGCGAGGUUCUCAAGUAUGGGCCCAGUGGGACGGUCAAUGUGAUGGACAAUCUGUGCAUUCUGCCGCUCAACAUACUGAACGAGAAGAUCUUCGUAUUCCUUUGGUGCUGGUUCCUGUUCAUAGCAAUCAUUUCGGGCGUGAAUAUUCUCUGCCGGCUGGUUAUGCUGACCAACACAAGUCUGCGCGAGAAGAUGAUCCGCAGCCAGUUGUCCUUUAUGACCAAACGGCAUGUGCAACGUGCCCUGCGCGAUCUCACCAUCGGCGAUUGGUUUCUACUGAUGAAGGUCAGUGUGAAUGUGAAUCCCAUGCUCUUUGGGGAUCUCAUGCAGGAGCUGUGCGAGCUGCGCACCUCCUCGUCGGUCAGCAUUGUGCAGGAGAGCGCUGUCUAGGCACUUUUAUUCGAUAAUGGU